CGCAGUCUCUGGAUCCUCGAAUGCAACCCGGAAGGAUGCCGCCGUGCAAGCAGGAGGCGAUAAAACACGCGGACGCGCUCGUCUUCGAGAAAAUGCAAACGAGAAUGAAGCUUCUCGAGGACAGCAAUACGGCUACGCAGUCGCGCAAUCAAAACCUUAUAGCCGAGAACAAAGCCCUAUCGUCCCGGUGAGUAUUUGCGCGAACAAUGGACAACCUUAAUCGAUAUUCCCUUCGCUGAUCCCUCGAAUACGUGCACGGAUCUGUACACGAUGGAAAAGAUGAUUGAGACAAGAAGAAUAUGCCUUUGUCCCUCGCCCGCGUCAUCAGCGACACGUUUUUCUCGCGAAUACAAAUUUUAACUGCGCACCCUGUUACAAUAUUUGUUACACAUAUCAAUAAUCCCAAUUUAUGUGAUUGUAAGUCUGGAGAUGGAACAGAGCGAAGUGAAAAGGCUCGAGAAUAAGAUGGCAUCACUGCGAGAGGAGCUGAAUGACGAGAAGUCGAAGCUGACGGAGAUGAUAAAAGCAGCGGAGGAAGUCGGUGCAUAAACGUUCACGCGCGAUCAACUCGUAUUAAAAAUGAAGUCUUCCUUCUAUUUCAGAGAAAAAUCAUGCCGACGAUGAGGGACAGCGGAACGUCGACGGCCAACGUUCUUUCUAGAUUCGAUCGAGGGGUGCAAGUAUGGGCAGUGUGCAUGGGAUGUCAGAAAAAGUUGGAUGGUUGUGAGAAAAAUCCACCCACUGUCACCAUUACCAAGUGAAUGUUCCAUUCCUUCUUUAAUCCGCUAAUCUUUUAACGAGAGAAAUUUUCUGUAUCGUAAUAGAUCGGAACUGGAAGAGCUGGAGAAGGACAUGCGGACCCUUCGAGACACCAUAAUCGCUAGAGAGGAGGCGUGGGACAAGGCGGUGGAACGCGAGCAAAAUUAUAGGCAACAAUUAUUACGAUUGACCACAGAAACUAUCACGGCUCGCCAUCUAUCCGAGACGCGUCACGAAGAGCUUGAAAAUGCAUCGAAAACGCUCACGGAAAAGGAAUCGGAAUUGAAGUCGCUUCAAAAGGACAAUCUAUACUUGACCAAGCUAAUAGCAAAAUUAUACAACAAUCAUCAAAGCCGCAGAGGACAAGAGGAAUGUCGAAGAAACAACUUAGCGGGAGAUAUAAAUGAGAAGGAACAAAAGUUUAUCGAGGAAGUCGUCCAGCGAGUAUCGACUGGUAAAAGCAAGCAGAAACCGAAGUCGAGGUCUGCCUAUUCGGACAGAACCCCCAAUCUCGGCACUUAUCAGGCCAGUCCUCGUGAUAAAAGUUCGAGAACAACGAAGGAGCAAACGGGAUCUUUCAGAGAACCGAAACGUUAA